AUGCCAGUGUUUUUUACACCAAUACCCCAGAAUUUGAGAGUGGGUCUGGUGCACGCCACUAGUGCCAUAUUUAUCAACAAUAGAACAAGAGAUAGCGGUUAUCUGGGGGGACAUGGAGUUGAGAAGGAAGUUUCCAGCAAGGUUUCAUCUUACCUGCCUCUGCAGAUGCUUCUCUACUUCAAUACUUUCUUCUUUCCUUUCUGGUGGCUCUCUGAGAUCGUCAUGUUAGAGUUAAAGUUCAGCCUACUUCCUGGAUACUACCAGUGCCUGAUGGUGGGUGGAAUGGGAAUAAUUAGCAUACUUGAGGUUCUCCGUGUGUACCUCGGCUACGUUGGGAACCUGAAAGAGAAGGUCCCGGAGCUAGCUGCUUUCUGGCUGAUCUCUCUAGCCUUCCAGCUGCCCAUCCUCCUCUUCUUUGUCACUGAUGAAGGCUUGCUAAUCCUCCCUCUGGAGCGAGUAGUACACUCUCUGUAUCUGGCCUUCCUCCUGGGCGAGGUGUUAUCUUCAUUUGUGGCUCUGAGGGUCAUGACACGGAAACUCGCACUGCAGUUCCACCUCAGGCAGUUCAGACCUGUUGACCCAUCCUCUGUGUUCAGCUUCUCUUGUGGAAAUAGGAGUGUGCUACCAAUUCUCCCGAUGUCUGAAAUCAGUGCCAUCACCAUCGCCAGUCCUCCAGUUAAUGCUCAUGCUGCAUAUCGUAAAAGCAGCAAAGCUCCUCAGAGAGCCGUCACGCUUUAUGCUGAAUCGCAGGAACGAGGUUGCGGUCCUGUGUGUGACAUGAAACACAGCCUGGUGUCUUCAUCGUGA